CCAAAAUUCUAGAUAAAUGUGUGGCCAUGCUCAAAUUCUAGAUCCACAUUCUGAUCUUCGAACUUCAUUUUUUUUUUUUUUUAUGACAGGUAAUUAUAUUUAGAAAUGGAUGAAUCUGAGGGGUGUUUCCCAAAGGAGUUUUUUGAGUUUGAUAAUUUAGAAGUUGAGACCAUGCCUAAGCCUUCCAAGAAGAGAAAAGGGGUUGCUACCUCUCCCAAGGCUACUCAAAAGGAAGCAACAACAGCAAGUGCAGUAGCUCCAGAACAGACACCAACUAAUGCUGCUCAUUCCGAUGAAGAAGGCUUGCAGCUAGAAAAGAGGAAACCAACUAGAGCUCCUUCUUGGGUAUGGGAACAUUUUACUAAGAAGGAAAUUAAAGGUGCUUCUAAAGCUAUUUGUAAUUAUUGUGGAACUAAUUAUUCAUUUAGAAGCUCAAAAAAUGGCACUUCAACUAUGAGUAAUCAUCUAAGGGUCCAAUGUAGGAAAUUUCCUAAAGAAAGGGAUCCUAAACAAAAGGUUCUGUCAUUUCAACCCAAGACAAAGGAGUCAGAAGAGAAAGUGGGCUAUAACUUGACCGCUGUUGCUUUUGAUAAAGAAGCAAGUAGACUAGCAUUUGCCAGGAUGAUUGUUGUUGAUGAGUUAACCUUUAGAUUUGCAGAAGGGGAUGGCUUUAGAUACUUCAUGAGUAUUACACAGCCUUUAUUUCAGGUUCCAUCUAGAAUCACUACUACAAGGGAUGUUUCUAAGCUUUACAUAACAGAGAAGAAAAAAGUUAAAAGAUACAAUGAUUGGACCUACCACAAAAGGAUUAUUGGUUUUUGUCAAAUUAUUGACCACAAAGGUGAAACUAUAGGAAAGGCUUUAGAAAGUAAGUUGUCUGAAUGGGGGAUUGAGAAGGUUUUUGCAAUUACUGUUGAUAAUGCUACAUCUAAUGACAUUGCUGUUGCUUAUUUGAGGAAAAAGAUUCGAGAUUGGGGGGGAAGUGUGCUUAAUGGUGAGCUUUUGCAUAUGAGAUGUUGUGCACACAUCCUAAACCUCAUAGUCAAUGAAGGUUUGAAGAACUUGCAUGAUUCAAUCUUGAAAAUUAGAAAUGCAAUAAGGUAUGUACGAGCUUCACCUUCUCGGAUGCAAAGAUUCAAAGGUUGUGUUGAACGUGAAAAAAUCCAAUGUAAAUCAUUAGUUUGUUUAGAUGUUUCAACAAGGUGGAACUCCACCUAUUUGAUGCUUGAAGCUGCCCUUAAGUUUCAGAAGGCUUUUGAGAGGCUUCAUGAUACUGAUGGGUUGUAUUUGAUGGAAUUUUCCUUUGGAGAGAAUGUGAGUGAGAGAAAGAAAGGUCCUCCUGAAUUUGAAGAUUGGGAAAAUGCAGAAAAAAUUAUCAAAUUUUUAAAAGUUUUCUAUGAUGCCACUGUUCGUAUUUCAGGGUCUACUCAUGUCACAUCUCACAUGUAUUUUCAUGACUUCUCCACAAUUCUUAACUUGUUGAACAAGUGGAGUGGAAGUAAUGAUCCAUUGUUUUCUACAAUUGCUGAAAAAAUGAGGGAAAAGCAUGAGAAGUAUUGGGGAGCAGCAUCUAACAUGAAUGUUUUAAUUUUUAUUGCAUGUGUGCUAGACCCAAGAUAUAAGCUGAGUUUUGUUGAAUUUGUUUUUGGGAAACUCUAUGAUAGGAUUACUGUAGAGACCUUAAGUUACAAAGUGAAAAGUACUCUAAACAAGAUGUUUGAAGAGUAUUGCACACUCGGUGGGUUUAUGGAUGAAGAUAAUAGCAAUUCCAAUAGGCCAAGUUCACAGGGAAAGGAUGAUGAGGCUAUCAAUGAUGAUUUUUCAAUGUUUGCAGAUCUUUAUGAAGAGAAAAUGAGCAUGGAAAAUGAAGAAGAUGGUAAAAAUGAAGUUGAUUUGUACUUGGCAGAGGAUAAAGAAAAGAAAAGUGAUAAAUUCCACAUCUUGAAUUGGUGGAAAGUUAACUCCUCAAGAUAUCCAAUCCUAUCCUUGAUAGCAAGGGAUGUAUUUGCUGUCCCAAUGUCUACAGUGGCUUCAGAGUCUGCUUUUAGCACAGGAGGCCGUGUAUUGGAUCCAUAUAGAAGCUCCUUAAGUCCUAAAACAGUGGAGAUACUUAUUUGCACUCAAAACUGGUUUCGAUCUACACCAUUGCUAGAGAAAAUGGAAACACAAGAAGUUGCAGAUGAAAUUGAGCAAGGUGGGCAAACCAGAUGCAAAAUCGCUUGCCACGUAGGCAUGAGACAGUCACAUUUCGCCACACGAUGCAGUCUUCAAACGGCAGUUAACAGCAGUUAAGUUGACUGUGAGAGGAGGGGCAAAAUUGCUCGGAUUGUAGAGUUCAGGGGCUUAAAUGCAUCAAUUAGAGUCUAGGGGCUUAAUAGCGAUUCUGGGGUUGGUUCAGGGGCUUAACUUAUGGUUUUGCCAAAAAAAAAUAUAGAAGAAUACUGUAA